CUUUCUCAUUGGUUAAUCAAUCAGAGGUCAAAGUUUAUUUUCCGGAAACGGCUGUGUACAGUUACCAUGGUAAUAUAAAGUUUAGGAAAUGCAUCGCGACAACAUCAGCUAUACCAGCACGAAAAAAUUGAAUAAGAUAUAGCCAUAGUCAUGUUUGAACUAGCAACAAAUCCGAAAUGUAUUGACUAGCUUGACAGCCAGCUAAAGUUAGCUAAAAGCCCUAACUAUAUUGAGUAAAUUCAAUUUGACGAAGCAUUACUAAAAUGUCAGAGAAGAAAAAAGGAAAGGUCACAGAAAGCGAAGAGGAAAGGAAUUUGCAAGUAUCCUACAUUUUCCCAAAUGGUGACAGAUAUGAAGGAGAGUGCUGCGGGUCCACAGAGGGAGUCGUGGUGAGGCGUGGUAUGGGCAAACACACCUCAGCCAGUGGUGUCACCUACACUGGAGAGUGGCAUGAUGACAAGAUGAAUGGCAGAGGGACUCUGGAGCAUCCCUCUGGGGCCCUGUAUGAAGGGGACUUCAAAGACAACAUGUAUCAUGGCACAGGGACAUACAGCUUCUCUGACGGGACCAAAUACUGCGGCAGCUUCAGCAAGAACAGGUUGGAGGGUGACGGGGAGUUCACCGACUCUCAGGGACUUGUUUGGAUUGGAGGCUUCCACAACAAGGCAGCUCCUGGAUUGAAACUUAAACUCAGCAUGUAACCCAUGACAUAAUGAAAUACUUUAGUAGUCAGCGUAUGACAGUGUGGUGAACACACCUCAUGGCACCGUGCAAUGAAUGAGUCAUUGCUUUGAGUCACACAGCCAAGAGUCCUCUUUGGAGGUGCUGAAACACAGUCUGAGUGUGUGUGUGGCUGUGUAAGCCUCAGUUAACCAACAGUGUUAAGCUAAAGCUAUUUCUACUACAGUUUAUUGGGAAUCUUUUAACUCUUCAUAAACAGCGUACAAAUCUAGAUCGGUGGAGAAAUCCAUCAAUGUUCUGUUUCUUGAACGCCAACAAGAAUGUCUCUUUACUCCCACUGAUGUCACUAUAAUGUGUGUGUGGUAUAAUUUAUAUAGUUAUUUUGCUUAAUGUCUGCAUCUGGUGUUAACUUUGUUCAACAAAUUCAGUUAUGUGAUGAAUUCCUCAAUAAGAUGUGUGGUGGUUAUGUCCAUAAGUGUUUUCAGUAAAUCAUCAAACAUCUGCUGAGAGCAUAGAACUGUGUUUCCUUUUCUUUCGUAGUUGCGUAUUUUGAGUAAUGUCUUUUACAUUUAACUUUUUUUUUACCCCCCUGACUAAAUAAGCAGAGGUCAGAGCAUUGCCAGGCCUUGUCCAUUUGUUGUUCACAGAUGUGGGUCCUUCCCCCUCCAACCCAAAGCUAGCCUAGAGUGCUGGGGGUGGUUUGUAUUGUGGGAGGUAGCAUGGCGCAUGUACUGCAUCACCCAACCAGCGUAUCAGAUCGGUGGAGAAUAUUCCCAUAUGCUUAUUAGGGUAGUACAGCACUCCACAAACACACAAAGAAUCAGAACAUUGUUCACAGGAAGGCCUUGAUUUGUGGGAAUAGUAUGCUCUUCAUUGAAACACACAUCCUUUUGUUGAGCAUCUGAACUAGCUUUUCAUCCCCAGUGGACCUGUGCUGCAGCCUUCCAAGCACAAGGCCAGAACUUGUGACACUGGUAAUAAGGCUAUGCUACAUAAGGAGAGGCAACACACACAACUUCCUGUUUUCUUGGAAGACCGCAAGCUGUGGAAGGAGUGAUCAGUUCUGAGAUUUGAGAAACUGUGCCCGCUGGCAUCAUAAGGCACGUAGUCCUCUCCUGCAGUCAAUGACCAAAAGUGCCGUUAUUAAUAUUUUUUAUAAUUACAUAAUUAACGUUUUUUUUUAUAAAACUGACGGAAAUCCUGUGUUUCUAUGUCAAACAGUUGUUAUAUUUCAGUCUUCUCUGAUGUAAAUAAAGUUUAAUAUUGGGAUGCAAACUCCCAAUUGAAUGCAUUUCAACUCUA